UUCCUUUCUUCCAGGGCCCCACAAAGUCACCUGCCUUUCCAGAUUCUAGGAUUCUGCUAAACAGCUGAAAGUCCCUAGGGGACCUUAGAUUUGGAGCUGACAGGGAAUUUGGAGGCCAUCUAAUUCAACCCGCUCAUUUUACAGCUCAGGUGUCCCAAGUAGAAGGACGACAAUGUGCCGCUGGUCCCUGCUGUUUCUGUGGGGGCUGCUCCCUGGCAGCACUCCAGGGGGAACUGGUCGCAGCUACCCCCACCAUGCUCUUCUGGAUUGGGAGGGCAAAUACUGGCUGCAUUGGGGGCACGAGGGCAGCACCCUUGCCUUCCGCCUGGAGGUGCAGACCCCUGGCUACGUGGGCUUGGGCUUCUCGCCCACCGGAGGGAUGGCUUCAGCGGAUAUCGUCCUGGGCGGAGUGGAGAACGGCAGUCCCUAUCUGCAGGAUUAUUUUACAGAUAAAAACAGAGAAUUGAAGAAGGAUCCCCAACAGGAUUACCAUCUAGGCUAUGCCAUGCAAAACAGUACGCACACCAUAAUUGAAUUUACCAGGGAACUACAAACUUGUGACAUAAAUGAUAAAAGCAUAACGGAAAGUACAGUGAGAGUAAUAUGGGCCUAUCACCAUGAAGACAUUGGUGAAUCAGGUCCUAUAUACCAUGGAUCUAAUCGGGGAACCAAAAGUCUGAAAUUGUUGAACCCAGAGAAAAGCAACAUUUUGUCAGCAGCCUUACCAUACUUUGACUUGAGAAAUAAAAACGUGCUGAUUCCAGAUAAAGGCACAACAUAUUGGUGCCAAAUGUUUAAGAUCCCGGUGUUCCAGGAAAAGCGUCAUGUGAUAAAGGUUGAACCAGUAAUACAGGAAGGGCACGAGAGCCUAAUACACCACAUUCUUCUCUACCACUGCAGUAAUAACUUUAACGAUAGUGUUUUGGAUUAUGGCCAUGAAUGCUAUCAUCCCAACAUGCCAGAUGCUUUCUUGACUUGUGAAACUGUGAUCUUUGCUUGGGCUAUUGGUGGAGAGGGAUUUUCAUAUCCUCCUCAUGUUGGCUUGUCCCUGGGCACACCAUUAGACCCUACCUACGUUCUUCUGGAAGUUCAUUUUGAUAAUCCAACAUAUCAAGAAGGCUUGAUAGAUAACUCUGGACUGAGAUUCUUUCAUACCACCAUUUUGAGGAAAUAUGAUGCUGGGAUAAUUGAAGCAGGUCUCUGGGUCAGUCUCUUCCAUAAUAUCCCUCCAGGAAUGCCUGAGUUCAGAUCUGAAGGUCAUUGCACUCUGGAAUGCCUUGAAGAGGCCCUAGAGGCUGAAAAACCAGGUGGAAUUCAUGUAUUUGCUGUUCUUCUCCAUGCACAUCUCGCUGGCAGAGGUAUCAGGAUGCGCCAUUUCCGUAAAGGGGAGGAACUGAAGCUACUUGCUUAUGAUGAUAGCUUUGACUUCAAUUUCCAGGAGUUUCAGUAUCUAAAGGAAGAAAGGAUAAUCUUGCCGGGGGACAACUUAAUCACAGAAUGCCGCUAUAACACUAAAGAUCGAGUACGCAUGACUUGGGGUGGACUAAGUACUAGAAGUGAAAUGUGCCUCUCAUAUCUCCUCUAUUACCCAAGAAUCAAUCUUACUCGAUGUGCAAGUAUCCCAGACAUAAUGGAACAGCUCCAAUUCAUCGGUGUUAAGGAGAUCUACAGGCCAGUCACGACUUGGCCUUUCAUUAUCAAGAGCCCUAAGCAAUAUAAAAACUUAUCUUUCAUGGAUGCAAUGAACAAAUUUAAAUGGUCCAUAAAAGAUGGCAUCUCCUUCAAUAAACUUGUUCUUGGACUGCCUGUGAAUGUGAGAUGCUCAAAGACAGACAAUGCAGAGUGGUCGAUUCAAGGAAUGACAGCAUUACCUCCAGAGGUUGAAAGACCAUAUAAAUCAGAGCCGUUUGUAUGUGGAUCCUCUUCAUCUUCUUCCUCCUCCACCUCUUCUUCCUCAAUGUUAUCACUAAACUUUGUUCUCCAUGUGUCUGUUUUCUUUCUUAUCCUCAGUAACACAGGGAGCAUCAGGCAUUUUGCAUAAUAACUUGAUUGUAAUUGGUGAUGUUCUCUAUGCCAGGCAAGCACAGAAUGUUUGCACUCUUGUUUCCCAUGGUCAAAAUGGGUGAUCAAGAUGCAGUCACAAGACAUGGACUAUUUGGAAGUUGCCUCCCCUCUCGUCCCCAAGUUGCUUUCUUUAGGAUACAUUCCGCUCCCCUUAUCUUCACCUAGCUCAAUUAGAGAACCCUAUCCAGUCAACUUCUACCCAUCCAGAGAUGUCAAAUCCUAUAUGAACAUCUUCAUUGAAAUGAACACACCAUGAAUUCUAAUCUUUCUUUGGGCAUAAGGAAACGACGGGACAACUGUGUUUUAAUUCUUUUUAAAAAUUGACUGUAUUUCUUGAUUUUUGCUUUUAAAAUAUAUUUUGGAUUCUUUUAUCUUAAAAUAAUUAAACAAGUUCCAUUUCUUUUCCCUUCCUUUUUCUUAUUCUUUUAAGUUUAUUAUUAUCCUGUCUUUCUCUUUCAACUUUUUUGUUUGUCCUUUUUCUAAGCAUGCCUGUGUCUCUUUUUUACAUUCAAUUCUUCACUAUUCUUUUUACUACUUCCUGUUAUUGCAAAGCUUCUACCACAAUAAGUUCUCUUCCUUUAAGGGUCUGGCUAUACUUUCCACUUUUCUUUCAGUUCUUCUUUGAGGCUUCACAGUCCCCACACUUUGCCUUCAUCAUUUGUCUCUUGUCAAGGUUUCCUUGAGUGUUCAUAUCACCUAUACAGAUUCUGGAACCUUCAAAAUAUAGAUUUAGUGACUGGUAAUGGAGUCAUAGAGGAAAAGAAUUUCUCAGCCCGCUAAUGUCUAGUUGUUAAUAAGCUCUUUAUACUGGUUUCUUGUUAGAGACAAAGUGGUUUGAUGUGCACAAGAGAGAGGCAGGAGAGCAUUGGAAUGUAUAGCAUGCUGCCAAAACUGUGCUAGUGUGUCACACUUACGGCAUACUGGCUGAAUUUGAGCCCUAGUUGCUCUUGUAGAUUUAUUUUUAUAUGCAUAAUUAAUAGACUAAUUUUCCUUAAUAAAACCAGUUACCACUUUUAAAAUUACAGCAUCAAUGUUACAUGAUUCAGAUUACUUUCUGUAUGGUUCAGAUACAUUGCCACAUUUUCAAAGUACUUUUAUGUUAGGAUGGUAUUAAUAAAAUAAAUGGAAUUAAGUCUUCCUGUGGUAUCUUGUUCACUCCUUGAGAUGUGCUAGUGAUUCAAAUACUUCUGUUAGCCUAGUCACUUGCAUAUAUUGUUUUGUUGCAACCAUUUUAAAGUUGGUUUUCUUCUAGAAAACAAUGGUAUAUAAAGUCUUUAAUAUAGAUCAUGUUUUGAAAUGAUUCCUUUAUCUACUUGCAGUGAAUCAUUUGGUUAAAAUUCUGUAAUGUUUGUAAAAUGUGUUGUUAUGAUAUUUGGCUUUUUUUAUAACCUGUGUCUGAUUCUAGAACUUUCCAUAAGAAAAAAAAUUAAUGAAAAAUAUGCUCUUCCCUACACAAUUUAAAUAAAACCCUCAAUUUGACCUUGCAAAUCUAUGGGAAUUCUUCUUCUGUUAACUUCACUCAAUCCUCACCUCCUGAUGGGUGUGUUGAUUCCAGCUCCUAAAUGGAUCACAAUUGUUAAAAUUUUGAUGUGAUCAUUCAUAUCUCAGAGAUCAGCAAAUGCUACAGAUCAAAGCUUGUUUUAUUAUUUUCUUGAUUGUCAAGACUUAAGAAAAUGUUGGAUAAAAUGUUAAUGAUGUUGAUGAUGAUAAUAAAACUAUAUUGUGUACA